AUGAGUGAUCUCACAGAAGAAAACUGCAAGAAAAACAAUUCUGCCCAGGAAACAUCUUCAGAAGGGAAUGUCCUUCCUGAGAAGGAUGGUUCAGUAACACAAAAACAAUUGCAGCAACUUGAGAAACAAUUAAAAUGCUUAGCCUUUCAAAAUCCAGGACCUCAGGUAGCUGACUUCAAUCCUGAAACUAGAGAGCUGAAAAAGAAAGCAUGCAUGUCGCAGAUGAAAAAAGAUGUUUUUAAGAAGCCCAAAACUGUGAAGAAGUACGACAGACAUGGCAGGCUGCUUUGUAAUAACUUCGAUUUGUGUGAUUGCCUGGAAAAGAGCUGCCUGGGCUGCUUCUAUCCUUGCCCCAAAUGCAAUUCAAACAAAUGUGGAGCAGAAUGUCGCUGCAAUAGGAAAUGGGUUUAUGACAAAAUUGAGACUGAAUCUGGAAAUGUGAUCAGUGUGUUUCCGUUUGUUGACUCUGACUGA